UGCAGGCUUCUCGCGGCGGGAGGGAGCGCAGGAAAUAAAAACAAGUGUGUGCGGCGCUGGGGGAGGGCAAUCCCUGCUCCUGCUCCGCGGCCGAGCCGCCUUGUCCUGUCGUGCAGCCGGGAAAACGAGGCUCACAACAAUCCAUCUGGAGAAUUGGCUAGUGGACAAACUGAGCCUCAAGAAACAGCUUCAAGGUCUCACAUCUUCAAAAAUAAGUCUUUUAAGAAAUCCAGUAUCUGUGGAUUCUGCAAACAAGUUAUUUAUAGCCAAGGAAUUUCCUGCAGAGGUGGUGACACCCUGCUUUCUUCCAAGCAGCUAUGAGCUGAAUUCCAGCAGUGUUUUGAAGAACUCGUCUUUCAGUUGUGACAAAGUAUCACGCAGUGCAGACUUUGAUCACAUUAUGGAGGAAGGCUCUGAACUUGACCUCACUUACAUCACAGAGCGGAUUAUUGCUGUGUCCUUCCCUGCUGGCUGUUCUGAGGAAACUUACUUCCACAAUCUACAAGAAGUAACACAAAUGCUCAAAUCCAAACAUGGUGAUAAUUACUUGGUAUUAAACCUCUCUGAAAAGAGGUAUGACCUUGCCAAGCUUAACCCAAAGAUUAUGGAUGUGGGGUGGCCUGAUCUCUAUGCUCCACUUCUUGAUAAAGUGUGCACCAUCUGCAAGGCCAUGGAGUCCUGGCUGGACAAUGAUCCUCAACAUGUGGUGGUGAUCCACUGCAGAGGAGGAAAAGGAAGGAUAGGUGUAGUCAUAUCAUCAUAUAUGCACUUUAUCAAUGUUUCUGCAAGUGCUGAUCAGGCUCUAGACAGAUUUGCUAUGAAGAAAUUCUUUGAUGAUAAAGUUUCAGCUUUAAUGCAGCCAUCCCAAAGAAGAUAUGUGCAGUUCUUAAGUGGCCUUCUAUCUGGAUCUGUGAAAAUGAACACAACCCCUCUUUUCCUGCACUAUGUUAUUCUUCAUGGCAUCCCCAACUUAGAUGCUGGGGGAGCUUGUUGGCCUUUUCUGAAGUUAUACCAGGCUAUGCAACCAGUUUAUACAUCUGGAAUAUAUAGCAUAGGGUCAGAAAAUCAAAGUCGAAUCUGCAUUUCUAUAGACCCUGCCCAGCUUUUGAAAGGAGAUAUUAUGAUGAAGUGUUAUUACAAAAAAUACAGGUCAGCUACUUGUGAUGUGAUUUUUCGCCUUCAGUUUCACACUGGAGCUAUUCAAGGACAUGGCUUGGUGUUUGGCAAAGAAGAUUUGGAUAAUGCCAACAAAGAUGACCGUUUUCCUGACUACAGUAAGGUGGAAUUAGUGUUUUCAGGAACUCCAGAGAAAAUUCAAGUAUUGCAUACCCAAGGUCCCAUUGAUGGCAGUCUGUAUGCAAAAGUGAGAAUGAAGAGCUCUUCAGACAACAAUAUCUGUGGUGUUGUUCAGGGUAUUCAUGUUACAGGCAGUCCUGAUCACAGUGAUCAUACCCUGUCUGUCAGUAGUGAUUCUGGACACUCCACAGCUUCCAUCAGAACAGACAAGACUGAGGAACUCCUUGUCCCAGAAGUUAAACGGGGUCUGAGCCCACAAGAGAAGGCAGAACUAGACCAGCUACUUAGUGGCUUUGGACUAGAGGAUUCUGUCAGCACCACCAAAGAUAUUACUGAUGCUCAAAGCAAGUACAGUGUUACUCACCACAUAGUGCCAGCUCACAUUCACAUGAAUGAAGUUGCCGAAAUGAAGGACAGGGAGACUGAUAUUCUGGAUAAUGAAAUGCCUAAUCAUGACCUUCACAGUGUGGACAGCAUUGGGACAUUUUCUUCCUCAGAAGGGCAGCACUCCACCCACCUAGGGAACUUCAGUUGCCACAAGAGCAGUCAAAACUCACUUCUUUCAGACAGUUUUGGAAGUAAUGCUGGGGAAGAGCAUCACAAUGCUUUUGCUGCAGACAUGGGAAUUAGUGUGGAUUCCCUCUUUGAAAGAUCAUUUGGAAGCACUGAGCCAAAGUCAUCUGAGCAAUUGCAACAGAAUCCUUCUGUCUCACCCCAUCUACAAGCCUAUGGCCCGAGUAACUACUCUACUCAGACCUGGGUACGCCAGCAGCAGAUGGUCACUGCUCACCAAUAUGGUUUUGCCCCAGAGAAUGAAAUUACUGUUGGCAUUCAUUACACUGUGGAGAAUUUGGGCAGUGUCCAGAGGCAGUCCCAAGUCCCAGAUGCUCCAACACGUGGCUCUAGCAGCAAAGAUGCUGUGCAGAGAGGGCUAGGAAGCAUGCUGGAUGCUGCACAAGCUGAAGAACAUGCAAGUGCUGACAAUUUUAAGUCAAGUCAGAAGAACACAAAUGGCCUGGAUCUAGGACAAAAUGCUGGAGACGUACCAGCUUCUCCAACUUUGGAUAUUGAUCAGUCUAUUGAACAAUUGAACAGGCUGAUCUUGGAGUUAGACCCUACAUUUGAACCUAUCCCAACCUGCAUUAACACUCUCACCAGUGACAGAAAUCAAGUAAAUGGCUUCAGCAGCCUUGGUGCACACAUGGAAGAGCUUAACAGUAGGUCUGGCUUCCAUGACAAAUUAGAGAUCAGAAACAGGAAUGCCUCUGGACAUGCAACAGGUAUGCAAAAUGAUGAUGCAACAGGGAGAAGGCUCAGAAAGUUAAGUGUUGGGCAGUAUGACGGUGAUAUUCCUGGGGAGUCAUCGUAUAACAUGUGUGGAUGGAUGAAGUCUCCUGCUAGUCACCACGCUGUAAUUCCAGGAUCACCGGUUGCUGGAGGGAAAACCAAGGAGAUGAUUGUUGUACAUUACCAAGAUGAAAUAGAUGGGGGAGUCUUCUCCACAAUAAAAAAUGGAAAUGAAGCUGUCACAUUCACAUCAGCUUUUCCCCUGUCACCAGAGGUGAAAUAUGUGACAGCACCUCCACCAUGCCAUCAGCAGAUUCCCUCCAGCCAAAAGGUCAGCAGCCCAUCUGAGCUGUACAGAACCAUUUCUGAAUCUCAAAGUUACACAGAAGCCAUUAACCUCUCUGUGGUGAUGUCUGACAGCACCGUGGGCACUAACUCUUUGCUGAGGGCCAACAUGCAGACUGAUCCCUCCUUUCAGAGCUGUUUUGCAUCUUCAUGUACUCUUGCAAGUAGCAGUCCUAUCCCAGGGGCAGAAAGCUCUUCUGCAGUAGAAUAUCCUUGGCUUGAAAACAGCUCUAAAGCUUCCCUGCCAACCCAGUUUUCAAUGGCCAACACCAGGCAGCCAGGAGGUAAUCUUGUGCCCUCUGAAUUUUCAAGCGCUGUGCAGGAUGUCUCUCUCCUGUCUCAUUUCCAAACUCCAGGAAUGCAGGUUGUCACCCUGAGCAACCUGGAGAGUUCACCAGCAGAACCACACCAAGAACAUGAUACCAGCAGCAGUGCCUAUGCCUACCUGAGCUACAGUAUGGGUACCAGGGACAGUAGUUGCCCUCAAGAGAAGACACAAGCUACUUACAUAGCCAAUGCUAGCACAUCUAAAAUGCUGAGCUCAUUAGAGGCAAGUGCUGAUGACAAUGACUUUUCGACGCAAAACUUUCCUACCAUGGCCUCUGGACACAACAGCCAGGACAGUGCAGUUUUGCAUCACCGUGGAGGGAACCUACAUGCUCAGCCGCCUCUUCCAGAGAAGAAGAGGUCCUCUGAAGGAGAACGUUCCUUUGCCUCUGUGUCACCUUCUUCAAGUGGCUUCUCUAGCCCUCAUAGUGGAAGCACAAUCAGCAUUCCCUUCCCAAAUGUCCUCCCAGAUUUCUCAAAAAUGUUAAGCCCUUCCACAGUGCCAGAAAACUCAGCUGAUAAACAUGUGACUGUAAAAUUUGUUCAGGACACAUCCAAGUUCUGGUAUAAGCCAGAUAUUUCAAGAGAACAAGCCAUUGCUGUUCUCAAGGAAAGGGAACCUGGGUCUUUCAUUGUUCGAGACAGUCAUUCUUUCCGGGGAGCCUAUGGGCUGGCAAUGAAAGUUGCCACACCACCUCCUUCUGUGCUACAGUUAAAGAAAGUUGGAGAUUUGUCAAAUGAACUUGUAAGGCAUUUUCUGAUUGAAUGUACUCAGAAGGGGGUACGUUUGAAAGGAUGCCCGAAUGAGCCAUAUUUUGGGAGUUUGGCAGCUCUGGUGUAUCAGCAUUCCAUCACUCCACUGGCAUUGCCCUGCAAGCUCCUCAUCCCAGACAGAGAUCCCUUGGAGGAGGUAGCAGAAACUUCCCCACAAACUGCUAUAAACUCAGCUGCGGAGCUUCUCAAACAGGGUGCAGCUUGUAACGUUUGGUACCUGAAUUCAGUAGAGAUGGAGUCCCUCACAGGAUACCAGGCAGUACAGAAAGCCUUCAGCCUGACGCUGAUGCAAGAUCCGUCUCCUAUCUCAACCACUGUCCAUUUCAAGGUGUCUGCUCAAGGAAUCACACUGACAGAUAAUCAAAGAAAACUCUUUUUUCGGCGACAUUAUUCAGUCAACACUGUUAUUUUCUGUGCUUUGGAUCCACAGGACAGAAAGUGGUUGAAAGAUGGCCUUUCUGCAAAAGUGUUUGGGUUCAUUGCCAGGAAGCAAGGCGGUGCCACAGACAACGUAUGCCACCUCUUUGCAGAGCAUGAUCCAGAACAACCUGCCAGUGCCAUUGUAAACUUUGUAUCAAAGGUCAUGAUUGGAUCCCAGAAGAAGAUCUGAUGCCUUUCCAUCCUUGAUUCAGAAUUCAUUGCUGACUUCACUGAAGGAAAUCACUCUGAGAGGGAGAAAGGCUAUUCAACAACAUCUAAAUAUUGUCAUUCCCAAUAAGGAAAGCAGAGAAUGAUCAGUGUAUUGUGUUUGUGAGAGCUCAGGCUUUUAUUUCAAGAUGCUUCACAAAGCACUAUUUCUUUGUUUUUAUAUCAGAGGACAAAACAAAAGAAGCUGGGUGCCACACUAAACCACGUAGCCUUUACAUGAAGCAUAAAUGAAGAACUUUUCUCCUGAUGGGUUUCUAGUGUAUCUUCAUAUGCUGUUUCUCAUAGUUUAUUGGAGCAGGAAUACUUAGUAGAUUGCGCUACUUUUUUGUUCAGGAAGUGUUUUGUAAAACCUCCACAAAGGCACUUGCCAUGGUUGCAUCAAUGGUAGUUAUAGGCAUUGCAAACAUGCUUUUAGGAGAAUGAUCAUUUGAGGAAAAUUAUUUGCUCUUCCCUAUGUCUUUGUGAUGAGUGAUGAGAACUGAAUGGAUAAAGGGGAAGAUGUAUGUGAAGAGAAGUUUUGUGCAAGUUGCUUUCUGGUAAGAAAGGAGUGGCAGUGUGGGAUAUUCAAGAAGAUUGCUCUGUAUUUAGUGUUAAGAAGGCUGAGCUGGUUUAGUUUGAAAAUUUUUCAAUAGAGCAGAAGUGGCAGAACAAAAAGAGGUGUGAAAAUCUGGUCUAUUAUUAGGGUUUUUUUUGGAAUUUUUUUAAAUACAGAGAACUAAGCAGGGGAGAUUAAGCAUUUCAGUAAUUACAGGAUAAAAAUGAGGGAAAAGCAAAGAGGAAGAUUUUAUAAUUUAUGCAUUUUUACUAGUGACAGAUUAUUUAUAGUGGAUCUCAGAUCUUGGUAUAUCAGAGAGAUAAUUCGUAAACUAGACCACUGUUAAGCUUUACCUUUAGCACUAUUUUGUGUAAGUAAAUGUGUGUGUAGCUUGUGCCUUGGUAGAGACAAUAGUUGGAUAUUUUGUCUUUUUUCAUACAGUGACAAGACACUUCCCAUUUUCUGCCUCUGCAAUACUGUUUUAUUCCCCUACAUAAUAUGUAAUUAUAUUUAUGGAUUCUUCUACCCCAUUAUUUUGCUGGAGUUUUGAGGAUUAUUUUACCUUUUUUUCUUUUCAUCUAUAGGAACUUAAUUUGAUUUGUUAUUCCUUGAGUUAGAAAAUCUGAAAGUGAAUGGAAUUAAUUUUGUUACUUCAUCCCAUUUCUUGAGAGCAUUUAUGUCAUGAUUUCUACAUCCAUCACACUUGUACAUAUCUCUUUAUCUUUCUUAACACAUUGAUAUUUGAAAUGCAUAAGAAAGUGCUAUUUAGCUUUAUAGAGAAUUGAUGCAGUAGGUUACAGUGGAAGCCUGCACAAGGAGAGUAAGCCACUGAGAUCUCCUGUGUAUUUCCCAUUCACUCAAAAAGAGCAGUACUAGACCCCUGUAUGAGAACUGAUGGUUAUAAUGCAAAUUCAGUGUGGCAAGUGCUGAAAAAAUUCAUUGCUUCUAUUUCUUUCAUGUGUAGCUGUCAAUAUCCUGUUAAUAACCUGAGGAAUAAAAUAACAUUCUGUAUUUUGCAUGUUGAUGAGCCACUUUAUUCACAUGUAGAUUUUAAUCCUUUUAUCCACCAGUUUGAACUACAUUUGUCCUGUAUAAAAUAUGGGGUUUUUUUUAACAGCUCUCUUUGUAUUUCCUGAAGUAUUAGGACCGUGUUAAACCUUACUCAGUGACCAUAGCUGAAGUGUUACCAAAUUAUUUGUGUAACUACAAUUUUGUGUAAAUAACUUUAUGUUUUUUAAGAGGAAAGUGGUGAGGAAGAGAGAGAAGAAAUAUUUGAAGUUUAAUGUAUUUGUUCCAGAAAGUGUUUUUUUAGUAGCAGUAGGCCUUGGAUAUCUGUAGAAUGGCGAAGCAAUCCAAAGUGUGGAAUUUAAUAGCUACCAUUGAAGCAACAAAGGCAAGUACCUCUGAUUAGUAACAUAUAAUUCUGUUCUUUUGACACAGAAGUAUACUACUUAAACAGUGUUUAUGUACCAUCCAAAAAAAAAAAAGCAGUUCUUACAUCUAGGAGCUUUGCUCCUUUUAUAAAAUGUGAGAACAAGUUUUCUUUUAAGAUUCUUUUGAUGUACAAAGAUUCCAGUUGCCUAAUCUCAUCACCCUGUUGGAGCCCACAGAAAUUCUUCAGCUGAUAUCUCAAGUAGAUUUAAGUCUCAAUUAGAUUUUAAUCUGAUGUGUUGUAAGAACUGAAAUGAGGAGGAUUUUUUUAAACUAUAUUUUUUCACUUAUGUAGAUAAUAAAUUCUAGUGUGUCUUCUUAGACACUUAAGUGCUGGCCUUUGGGCUGAAAAUAAAUCUUUUUUUCCCCAUAUAUUGUCAUUUCCAUUCAGGACCUUAUUUUUUAUUUCUUGUGCUUGAAUUCAAAAGCAUGAGGGAUUGCAUGCUGACACUCCUGGUGGUGUUUUCUGGGAGUUUAGCUCUAUUGCUAAGUGGGAAAAAAGAAGUUACCUUGUUUCUAAGGGAGAUUUUCUAUUUUGCAUUCCUUUGGAUGGUAUAUUGCCAUGUGCAUUUGCUGUUUAAUUAAUUUAAAAAUUGAAAAAGCAAGAUAGUUCAGUAUGUACCAUUAUAUAGUCUGUAGAAAAAUAUUCAUGCAACAUAUAUGUUCAUAGCAAAUACAAAACUAAUCUUUAUAUAGCACUUUUUAAAAAGAUUUUUGGUAAAUGUGUGUAUGCAAUUUCAUAACUAGUGGCAGCAAGUUGGCACAUAUAUUUAGCCAGAUUCCUGUUAAUGUGGUUCGUAAAUACACUAUUAUAAUCAUACAGUGUUAAACUACAAAAAUUCUAAAAGCCACGUUUGUAGUUAACGGUUUCACUGUAUCCAAUACUGUCAUUAAAUAUUUAAUGUUUCUUUCUUGGUUUUUCCUACUAGUGAAAAUUUUUACUUUUUUCUUGAAACUGUAAAGAAGCCUCUAAAUGUCUUCAUUAUACAAAUGAAUGCUUUGUAUAGUAAUUUUCUCUGCUCUUCAAAUACCGUGUCUUUCAGAUUAUAAUAAAAUUAUGAAUGUGAAAUUCUA